GGUCGAAACAGUUGAAACUCUCUGUCUCUUUAGGUUUUAGCUUCAGGUUAUUGUAUUGUUGCAAGGUAAUCAUGGCUUCGGAGCGGUACAGUUUUUCGCUGACUACAUUCAGCCCGUCGGGCAAGCUGGUGCAGAUUGAGUAUGCAUUGGCUGCAGUAUCAGCGGGUGCGCCUUCCGUCGGCAUCAAGGCAUCCAACGGAGUUGUUUUGGCCACUGAAAAUAAGCACAAAUCGAUACUCUACGACGAGCACAGUGUUAACAAGGUCGAAAUGGUUACCAAGCAUAUUGGGAUGAUAUAUAGCGGAAUGGGGCCUGACUAUCGUCUACUUGUGAAGCAAGCCCGUAAAAUCGCCCAGCAGUACCUGCUAGUGUAUCAGGAACCAAUCCCAACCGCGCAGCUCGUUCAACGAGUAGCGAUGCUCAUGCAGGAGUACACGCAGUCAGGAGGUGUACGUCCGUUCGGUGUUUCUCUGCUGAUAUGCGGCUGGGACAACGACAAGCCGUACCUAUUCCAGUGCGAUCCGUCAGGUGCUUAUUACGCCUGGAAAGCAACCGCGAUGGGAAAGAAUCACAUCAACGGUAAAACAUUCCUGGAGAAGAGAUACAGCGAAGAUUUGGAACUCGAUGAUGCAGUUCAUACGGCUAUUCUGACUUUGAAGGAAGGAUUUGAGGGACAAAUGACCGCAGACAAUAUCGAAGUUGGCAUUUGUGACGCCAAUGGAUUCAGGAGGCUCCAUCCGUCCAACGUUAAGGACUACCUUGCGAACAUCCCCUAAUUUUUUAAUCAAUCUGUAUUUACUUUUUUUUUUCUUUGUAUUGUAAUAUCCAUUAAUUGAAUCGGCAGUAAGAAUGUGCUCGGGAAUAAUAAAAUCUCUUGAAAUAAACA